UCCAGUGUAAACGAAGUCAUAGCUUAUAAAAAAAAUAAUAAGCCCUAAUUUUAAAUUUUCAUUUACAAAAUAUUACAAAAAAAUAAUACCUGAAUCAAGAUUUGAGUUUCUUAUUUGUGAUUUAACAAACACUUUUCUCAGAUACUUAUAGUCAUAAAUAUAACCUUGUACAGCAACCUUUAAGUAUACGACAUACGUAAGCUAUUUUUUUUCUUAACAAAUUGUUACUCAAUAUUUAUCUGGAAAGUUGAAAUAACAUUAUUGUCACUGAGUUAAAAUUCAAAUCAUAUAACUCAAAUUUCUACCUGUUUCUAGAAUGCUAAGCGAUAAAUCAAAUACUUACAAACUGUCUGAGGAGCAAAAACAAUUCUAUGAAGACAAUGGAUACUUGGUUAUUAAGGAAUUAUUUGAUUUUGGAACACUUUAUAACUUGAAGAAAAGGUUCCAACAAAUAUGUAGAGGAAUCGUUGACAACGGGAACAUGCCUGUGUUUAAGGAACCAAAACUUUUAGCUAAAGGUUUGAAGGGAGAGGAUCUCGUUAACAAAGUAUCAGACAUUCAUUUUGACGAGGUUUUCUCAACAUAUACUGAACAUCCUCGUCUAAUCAAUGUACUGUCACAAAUCAUCGGACGCGAUAUGAGCGUCAUGAACGGCAUGUUCAUCAACAAACCUCCGGGAAGUACGAGACAUCCGCCACAUCAGGACCUGUAUUACUUUCCGUUCCGGCCAGCGGACAAGAUCAUAGCAGCCUGGACGGCCAUCGACGAUGUCACAGUAGACAACGGAUGUCUUUAUGUUGUACCGAGAUCCCAUAAGAACAAUGUUAUAUACAGACACGGGAACUUACCAGACUCCAACAAGCUGUACCACGGCAUCUUGGAGGCCGCUCCCUGUGAGCCGAGGGUCUGCCUGGAGAUGUCUCCCGGAGACACCGUCUUCUUCCAUCCUCUCAUCGUUCACGGCUCCGGGGAAAAUAGAACACAGGGGUAUCGCAAGUCGAUAACGGCUCACUACGCGAGCACCUCGUGUCACUGUGUGGACGUGAGGGGGACGGUACAGGACGAGCUGGCUCAGGAGCUGGAGCAGGAGGCCAAGAGGAGGGGGAUGGAGAUCAGCUUCCAGGAUCUGUGGCAGUACAAGAGUAAAGUAGUGUCCGGGCCAUCCUCCAAACUGUGAUUUUGACGAUUUUAUAUUAUACUUCGGGCUGAGGAGAUUCUUUAUUUACAAUUGUUUUAUACGGAGCGGAAAUAAACAUAUCGUUAUAUUA